CGCGCGCCCUCCCUCCCUCCCUCCCUCGACCGCGCGCUCUCUCUCUCUCACUCCAGUUAUAAACUUAUAACCUACUGAACAAGAAACGCGUGUGUCAAGCGGAGACUGAGCGGUGUCGCUCUCGAAACAGGAUCUAAGGACUGUGGUAAAAGUGGGAGCUGUACCAUGUUUAAGGGAGUGCUGAAGAAAGGGAGAGAGGGAGGAGGAAGGACCGGCAAAAGAGAUGCAGGAAGUCAAUCCCUCAGCCCCAGUUUCCAUCACAGAGUUCAGGAAGAGGGGAUUGUGGGUGUUCAGAAUCAUGGGAGCGGGCCGCUGCCGGUGCAGCCAUACCCUGCAGAGGAGAUGCUGAGGCCGAGUUUGACCAGAGGAGUGUCCGUCUCCCUCCCUUCCUCCCCUCUGCUCCCUCCCCGCCAACCCUAUCUUUCUCCAGUCCGGUCCAACAAGUCACCAGGUUCAAUCAGGACACCCAAAUAUGUGGAGAAUCCUUGUGUUUCUGGAGAUCCUGUCACCUGUGUUCUGAAGAACAGAAAGAAGAACAAUACCGAGCUGCUCUCGCCGGCUGAGUCUGGCUCCUCCCCGGCUGUCCAGGAGCUCAUGACACGGUUGGGCUUCCUGCUGGGAGACGCCAUCCCCACCUCAUCACAAACAAACAUGGAGGAUAAACAGUGUAUAGUGUCCAGUCAAGGCGUGAGUCCCUGCUCCACUCUGACCAGCAGUACGGCGUCUCCCAGCGCUGAGAGCCCCUGCUCCACCUUACCAGAGACCACCUCCAACAGCAGGCCUCCUGUCAUCUGCUCCAGCACAUGCUCCACUGCCACCUCCACCAUCAUCACCACACCCAGCUCAACCCUGGAGAGCAAGGACAGCGGGAUCAUAGCAACAGUCACCAGUUCCAGUGAGAAUGAAGAGCGCUGUGGCUCUAGUCUGGAAUGGGCGAAAGAUGGCAGUGUGGGUGUAAAGGGUGAGAAUGGGCGUAGCGCCCAUCCACCCUGCACUCCCAUCACCCCAGAGGAGCCGGCGGUGUCUGGUGAAGCCCAGGUGAGAACAAGCACCACAGGAGGGGCAGCACCUGUCGUGACAUCACCUAUGGACGGACCAAUCGCAUACCACAGCACUUCUUUGGUUAUGCCACGGCCAAAUUCUGUGGCAGCCACUAGCAGUACCAAACUGGAGGAGCUGCGGUAUCUGGACGAACAGAGGAACGCUCCCCAGCGCUCCUCCAUGCGUUUACAAUGGCACGGAGCUCAUACAGGAGGUCGCAGUCAAGAAAAUAAAGCUCGUCUCACGCCCUAUAAACCAGUGGACAUCAUGCUGAAACCCCUUCUGUUUGAGGUGCCCAGCGUCUCUAUGGAUGCAGUGUUUGUGGGUCGUGAUUGGCUGUUUCAGCGGCUGGAGGAGGUGCUUACGGGGGGUGGAGAUGCCGGUGAGGGUAGAGGGGCUGUCAUCAUAGGUAACGUCGGUUUCGGAAAGACGGCAGUGAUCUCACGGCUGGUGGCUCUCAGCUGUCAUGGUGGACGAAUGAGACAGAUUGCUUCCAACAGCCCUGAAGCUACACCCCAGAAUCGAAGGGCUGAUGCUCAUCAAUCCAAUCAGCUAAACCCCCCCUCACAGAGUCCCCUUCACAGCAACAGCUGCCCCCCGACCCCAGACACGCAACGGCACCGAGAGGGCACAGUCAAACGACUGGCUAGCAAGGUGGUGGCCUAUCACUAUUGUCAGGCAGAUAACACAUACACAUGCCUGGUCCCAGAGUUUGUGCACAGUGUGUCCGCUUUACUGUGCAGAGCUCCUCGCCUCAAUGCUUAUCGAGAGCUCUUGCUCAGAGAGACGCACCUGCAGAGCCUGCUCAGCUUACGCUCCUGUGUCCAGGACCCUGCUGCUGCCUUCCGUAAGGGAGUCCUGGAGCCCCUCACACUUCUACGCAAAGAGCGGAAGAUUCCAGAAGAAGAUUACAUCAUCCUAGUGGACGGUCUUAAUGAGGCAGAGUUCCACAAACCAGACUAUGGAGACACCAUUGCAUCUUUCAUCACCAAAAUCAUCUCUAAAUUUCCUAUUUGGCUUAAACUGAUUGUGACCGUCAGGGUCAAUCUAGUGGAAGUCACCAGUCUCCUUCCCUUUCCCAUCAUUACUAUGGAUGAUUUCCAUGACAACAAGGAUAUAACCUCUGACCUCACCUCCUACAUCCAACACCGUAUAGACCACAGCCCUGAUAUCCUUAGCAACAUUGCCAUCAAUGGCAAAGCCGAUCCAGCGAACAUCUCUAAACUCAGUGCCCACCUUGUUGCCCGCAGCCAAGGCUCAUAUCUUUAUUUAAAAUUAACCCUUGACCUGUUUGAGAAGGGUCACCUGGUCAUUAAAAGCUCCAGCUAUAAGGUUAUACCUGUGUCUCUGUCUGAGCUCUACCUGCUUCAGUGCAACAUGAAAUUCCCAUCGGCCUCAGCAUUCGAACGAGUAUUGCCACUGCUAAACGUGGCUCUGGCAUCUUUGCACCCUCUGACGGAUGAACAGCUCUUCCGGGCACUAAACGCUGGCUCCAUGAGAGGAGAGCUGGAGUGGGAGGACUUCCAACAGCGCAUGGACUCUCUAUCCUGCUUUCUGAUUGGCCGUCGAGACAGAACGCGCAUGUUCUGCCACCCCUCCUUUAGGGAGUGGCUCGUAUGGAGGGCGGAUGGCGAGAGCACUGACUUCCUCUGCGAACCAAGAAGUGGCCACGCACUGAUGGCCUUCAUGCUUUCACGUCAAGAAGGGAAACUCAACCGCCAGCAAACUAUGGAGCUUGGCCACCACAUUCUUAAAGCUCACAUAUUCAAGGGUCACGGUAAAAGAACCGGGGUUUCGUCAAGUAUUCUGCAACCGUUGUGGAUCAGCUACAGUACAGACAGCCUCUCUGCAGCUCUUUCUUCCCUCAGAAACCUCUACACACCCAAUGUCAAGGUGUCCCGGUUGCUGAUUCUGGGAGGGGCGAGUGUGUGUUACCGUACUGAGGUGUUGAAUAGUGCACCAGUGCUCUGUGUGCAGUCUCACCUGGGCCACCUGGAGAUGGCUGCUUUGCUCUUGGAGUGUGGGGCACCAGUGGACGGGCAGUCAGAGAACGGCAUGACCUCCCUCUGUUACGCCUCAGCUGCUGGACAUCUGCCACUUGUCACCUUACUAUGCAAAAAAGGGGCAAAGGUGGAUCACGCUGAUAAGAGCGGUCAGUGUGCACUGGUUCAUGCUGCUUUGCGGGGUCAUGCUGAGAUUGUGCAGUAUCUUCUGGAGCAGGAGUGGAGUUCAGACCUAAAAAACAAGGCAUUGCAGCAGGCACUGAUCGCUGCCUCCAGCAUGGGACACACACAGGUGGUAAAAAGGAUGCUUGCAUUGAACAAUGAUGAAUUUUCAGUGCAGAUCGACGGUCACGAUACUUUGUGGGGUGAAACAGCUCUAACCGCUGCUGCUGGCCGGGGAAAACUAGAGGGGUGUGUGUUUCUGCUGGAUCAAGGUGCCAGUGUAGCACAGACAAAUCGCAGAGGGGUGGCACCCAUUUUUAAUGCAGUUCGACAUGGACACACACAGAUAGCAGAGUUGUUUCUGCAGCGUGGCGCAGAUGUGAAUUGCAGUGAUAAACAUGGUCGCUCUCUGCUGAUGGUGGCUGCAAGCGAGGGACACCUUGAGACUGUGGACUACUUGCUCUCACAGGGAGCAUGUAUGACAGCAGUGGAUAAAGAAGGUCUGACCCCACUCGGGUGGGCAUGUUUGAAAGGGCAGAAGAAAGUGGUUGAGUUUCUGGUGGAGAGGGGAGCUCAGAUUGACCACACAGAUAAGCAUGGACGCACCCCGCUGGACCUGGCCGCUUUCUACGGAGACGCAGACAUAGUGCACUACCUGGUCGAGUGCGGAGCGGCGAUUGAACACAUGGACUACAGUGGCAUGAGACCUCUGGACCGGGCCAUCGGUAGCAGAAACACCUCAGUCGUGGUCACUCUGCUGAAGAAAGGGGCUAAACUGGGCUACAGAACAUCUCCUUAUGAACGAUCAGGUAAUGCUGCCUGGGCCAUGGCCACCUCCAAACCCGACAUCCUCAUCAUACUUCUGCAGAGACUCAUGGAGGAGGGAAACCUGCUUUAUAAGAAAGGGAAGAUGAAGGAAGCUGCUCAGAGGUAUCAGUAUGCACUGAGGAAGUUUCCGAGGGAAGGUUUUGGGGAAGACCUGAAGGCAUUCAGAGAGCUCCGGGUUUCCCUGUAUCUCAACCUGUCCCGCUGCCGCCGCAAAACCAAUGAUUUUGGCAUGGCUGAGGAGUUUGCCACCAAGGCUCUCGAGCUUAAGCCUAAGUCCUAUGAGGCAUUUUAUGCACGUGCCAGAGCCAAAAGGAGCAGCAGGCAGUUUGCAGCUGCGUUGGCUGAUCUUUACGAAGCAGCACGUCUGUGCCCCAGUAACAGAGAGAUCAGACGUCUGCUGGCACGUGUGGAGGAAGAGUGCCAACACCUGCAGCGACAGGGUUCUAAACACCCUACCUCUCACACAAACCCCUCACACCAUGAGGAAGACAACGAUGAGGAAGAAGACGACGACGACGACGACGACGACGAUGAUCAGGACAUUGAGAGUUUGGAGAAAAGCCCAGACAGCCUCAGCAUAAACAUGUUGCAGGCAGAUGAGGAGGAGGAGCAGCGCGAGCAAGAAUCCUCGAGGCAGGAGAAGAGGAAGGAGAGCUGGCAUCAAAGCCGCACCUUGCCUGAUUCUCUAGGCCUGGCCAUAUCGGAUGCCCAGUCCGCCGUCUCCACUGCUGCCCCCGGACGGGCCGCCCACAGACGUCUUCCGUCCAGACAGGCUCAAAGCAUGAAAAACCGAGAGUACAGCAGCUCGCUUCACGCCGACGGCAGGACGCCCCAGAGCGCCGGGUCCAGCCCCAUGCCCAGCCGCCACCGGCCCGGCUCUCUCCGAGCGGGGCCCUGCAUUGACAUUGGCGGCAUUGAGAGGGGUCCGCUCUGUGGGACCAGAGAGGGCAUCAUUCAGUUCGGUCAUGCAGAGAAGGCCGAAGGCAGCGUCGAGCCAAGGGGGGAAUUCUGCAGGAGCAGCAGCGUAAGAGUGUCCAGCUCCUCCAGCGCAAACCUGGCGGAAACCAGCCGCAUGCGCAAUUCAGUGGCGAGCGCUGACAGCGGAACGAGGCAAUCUGAGCAUAAGCCACGCCCAUUCAUGGGUGUCAUUGACAAGACUGCUCGUUUCCAGCAGCAGCAGCAGCAGCAAGGUCAUCAUGGCAACCUGGUGUCUGGUUACGGCUGGCAAGGACUUGUCCCAGAAGGCCUCGUAGGUCACAGUGUAGGUGUUGUCAUGAACACGCACUCGCAGGGACUGAGCAGUGACCUCCAAUACGCUAAAACAAGCGCUUAUCAGGAGCCCAUCCAUAACAGCACACAUACGCCCGAGUUUCACCCAGACAAGUUUCAUCCUGGAUCUGGAUACAAGGACAGUAACCCCAUCCAGCAGCACUACAACGACUCCAAGCACAAGCAGGCCAGCCUGGCCCGGGACAACCCCAUCCUGAUCAGCUCCAUCAAACCUAAACGCUCCUUUAUUGAGUCCAACGUGUAGCUAUGAACUCAUACUUUAUGUUAAGCACAAGUUAUUUACAGUCUUUAAUAUAGGAGCUGCGGUUUUCAUCAGUAAACCCAAUGUCCUUUGAUUCGUUUUGAAGACAAAAUUUUAAGCAUUUUGUGUGUGCGCACACGAGUAAAAGAUUGCCUUGCAUUUCUGUUUACAACUACAGCUUCCGAGGUAUUUAAGCACAUUUUAAAUGCGCAACGCUGCAUCUGCACAUUAAAAGAGAGCUGAGAUAUGAUACAGAUGAUUUAUUAAUAAUGUAUUAAGAUACCUGACUUGGCUUUAGACUUCAGUAAGGACAUAGGACGUCUACCAAGAUGAAAUACUGUCUCUUACAGUAGGAUUGUGGACCGGUCCUGUGUGUAUUCAAAAGCAUUUCCUGUUUGAAUGGUGGUGAUUCUGUGUGUGUGUGUGUGUGUGUGUGUGUGUUUGAGGAGAAGUGUGUUGGAUUUCUUCACGAACUACUCACAGUUUGGACUAAUUUAUUUAUGGCUUGGUUGUCUGAUUAAAACAAUAUUAUAUUUUAUAUAUUAGUUAUUUUUGCACAGCUAUAUAUUAUGAAAUACCACUAUGAUUGUGAGAUUGAUAUGAACUGUAUAAAGGAGACCAGGUUUACAUGCAUGUUUUGGUGAACCAUAUUCAGGUGUCUAUGAGGACAUAGAUGUUAUUUCGUAUGUACAUUAUUUGCAAUUAAUUUCAUGUAUAGGGCUGUUACGUAUUGUAUUUGAAUAUUUCAGCAACAUAUACAAUAAACCCCAGUUUAAGACUUA